CCAGCGCUGCGGCCCGAGCAGGCGGUCGCCCUCCUGGCGUACACCCUGCAGGGUCCCCUGCACCGGGCGUUCAACGCGGCCGUGCGCGAGGCCGGGCGCUCCCGCGGUGAAUACCUGGGUGCCUUCCACUUCAAGGCGCUGCAUUUCCUCCUGAGCGAGGCCCUGCAUGCCCUGCAGGACGCCCAGCCCCAUCGCUGCCACCGCGUCUACCGGGGUGUCCGGGGCAUCCGCUUCACUGCCCAGCGCCGCCAAUCCAUCCGCUUCGGUCACUUCACCUCCGCCUCCCUCCGGAACGAGAGCACCCUGCCCUUCGGCCAGGACACCUUCUUCUCGGUGGAGACCUGCUACGGCGUCCCCAUCAGGGACUUCUCCUUCUUCCCUGAGGAGGAGGAGGUCCUCAUCCCACCCUACGAGAGCUUCGAGGUCACCAACUACACCCGCGACGGGGACAGAGCCCUCAUCCAGCUCCGCUCCCAGGCCGUGCUCAGCACCUACAACUGCGAGUUGGUGAAAGAGAAGAGAUGCAAGAGCCGGCCGUGCGUCUUCAGUGCAG